AUGGAACGACUGGGCAAGGUACAGGUGCAGCUACUUGUGACUGACAGCGGCGAUGAGUUUCUGAACAAACCCGUGCAGGACCUAUUGCGCGAGCUCAAUAUCGAGCAUAGGACUGUAGAGAUUGGCGACCACUUUGCCCUCGGAAUAAUCGACCGUCUCUCCCGCACCAUCAAAGAGAUGAUCUUCCAGGACUUCACCGAGAGAAGUAACGUAAUGUGGCUAGACAGGCUGCAGCAUUACAUGGACGCCUACAACUCCAACCCUCACAGAGGAAUCGACAAUCUCACUCCCGAUGAGGCGACAACAGGGGACUAUGACCAAGCUCUCCUCCAACUCAAUGUGGGCAAGACAGAAACCCCAACCAGCAAGUUCAAAGUCGGCAACCAAGUCCGCAAGCGACUCAAACGACCCACCUGA